UAAAGCGGAUUUGUGUAUAUGUGUGAUUAUUGGCGAAUCUCUUAGGGGCACUUGAGAGCGAGAGUGAAAUAUUUUUUUCUUUUGAAUUUGAUACGUGUUUGCAAAAAGUUAUAGAGGUAAGGUUACAUAUUAACUAACCCUCGGCUUUCCUUCUUAGGUUUUUAACGUUAAGUUGCCCCAACUUGUUUCUCUUGUUUUGUUUGAUUUAUGAAUGCACAAAUUAAAAUCGCGAGCCAUAUCACUAAAAGUGCGAAAUGUGACGUUGCUACUCAAGCCAACAUUGUAGAAGUCGAUUUGUUUUGUGUUUGUUCAUGUAAUGGUGUGGUCUGCAUUUCUGAGGAAAAUCACGAGUUGAGCACAAGUCACUGACAAUAGGCUACCGCGAAGGAAAAGCCAGCCAAGUAAGUUAAGUCAACCCAAUUUCCCAGUGCAUAACCUAAAUGCUGUUGUAAUGUAAUACAAAAUAAACGUUCAAAGCAACUCAGUAUCGACGAACUCGCAUAUGCUGCGUGUAACUUUUCAUAUAAGUAACCAUUUACGCAGUGGGUUUGACUCCCCGAGUCAUGCUGGUUUCCAGCAUUUUGCAAUGUUCGACCGAAUAGAGAAGUCGUGGUACGAUUUACACAAUUGCCUAAAACUGGAAUUACACAAGUAAAUCUGUAGUCUGUAAGAUAUUUCCAGUAACAUACGGCGAGCUCCCUGUACUGCAGGCUAAUAUGUCCCGUUACCUGAGGUUCUUCACAGUCGUCGGUGACCAGCAUCAGGGUGAUGCUCCGUGGCAGGACGACGGGCUCCAUGAGGUCAGUGAAGACCUGGAGCCAGCCACUGGACAGCACCUGCCGCGCAUCACCUUUCGGGAUUCCCUGUGCCGGCUGUACAGCUCCGAUAGAUUUCAGAUUGCUGUGGUCUGUAUGGUCAUCCUGGAUGCUGUGUUUGUACUCUGUGAGCUUCUUUUGGAUCUGUCCAUAAUAAAAGCUGACCAUGGCAAGAUUGCCCCACAGGUGUUCCACUACCUCAGCCUGGCUCUGCUCACCUUCUUCAUGGUGGAGUUGGCGGGGAAGAUCUACGCGUACCGCCUGGACUUCUUCAAGCACAAGUUUGAGGUGUUUGAUGGGAUAGUGGUGGUGGUGUCCUUCGUCCUGGACGUGGUGUACAUCUCCAGUGAGGAUGCCUUCGACGGCGUGGGUCUGCUGAUCCUGUUCAGGCUGUGGAGGGUGGCGAGGAUCGUCAACGGCAUCCUCGUGUCUAUACAGAAUCGUGCUCAUCACAAAAUUCAUAAACUGAAGGACAGCAAUGAUCACCUCGUCCAGAGAGUCAAUGAGCUGCAGGAAAAGAACACAAAGAUGGAACAAGAGAAUAGCCGACUAUGCUCACUCCUGCGACAACACGGGAUUGAGUUUUGACAUUCCCAAAGAGGAAGGAGUCUGUGAAACUAUGAAGAACAUUCAUGCACUUUUUGACAAAUGACAAAAUGACAAAAAAGGGAAACUGUUUAUAUACACUGACCAAUAUUGAAAUCAAAUGUAUUUAUAGUGCUAAUAAGUGUGGUGAACCAGUGAACAAAACAACUUGUUUCGCAUGACCAACUGCUCUUGUGCUAAAUCUAGUGGAAGCUUGUGUAUGAAGGCACAAGAGGGGGGUCAUUUUUUAUCAGCUGUACUGUUUCAAAUUAUUUUCAAUGUGAUUCCUAAACAAAAGUGUAUAUUUGUUGGAACUCAUUUUGUUCAAAUUGAUUUCCUUACAAACACAAGGAAAUGCUUCACUCACUGGGCAUUAAGAUACGUUUAUGAACUACACAUUAAUAUCUGUAUUCUGCAUUAAGUCCAUUAUAUACAAUUUACUAACACUUGAUGUCACGUACAAAUAAAAAAACAUAUGUCCA